AUGUGGCUGGAUUCCGUCGAGCCCCGGGAGGGGGCGCAGGGUGACCCCGCUGCUCCGCUGCCCCUGCCGCUGAACUACCGUGUACUGUACGCCGAGUCGCUCUUCCUGACGGAGGCGGGCGGGGAGGAGCAGCCCAACUCCACCCUGCCGAGCCCCAGGCAGGCCCUGGUGCUGCUGCGCUCCGGCCCGAAUCCCGCCGUCUCCGUGGGCUACGGCCCGCUGAGCGCCGAAGCCCCCGUUCCCCCGGAGCUGGUCCUGGCCCGGAGGCUCCGCCCGUUGGUGCUGGCGCGGCGCGUGCUGUCGACCGUGCCCAUGGUGCGCGUGCUGUUCUACGCCGCGGAGAGGCGGGGCCCAGGGGCCAGGGGCGGGGCCCAGGAGGAGGAGGAGGAGCUGUGCGUGACGCUGUACGGAGUCGCCGGGGCUCAGGAGACGCGGGGCGGCUGCUCGCUGCCGGGAGGGGCGGGGCUCUGCCUGGCUGAACUGGAGCCCGCCCCCGCCUGGUUCCGCCCCCUGGGCGGGGCCUCCAGCCGCGAGAGGCAGGAUCAGAAGGAGGGCGGCGCCGGGGUCUUGGAGCUGUACUACCGGGCCCGUCCCAUUGGCCCGCGAGGCCGGUGCACUCCUGAGGACAGCCCGGUGGGCGGGGCUAAGGCAGGUGACGCCCCCGAGGGCAGGGCUAAGGCAGGCGACGCCCCCACGGCCGCGCCCAGGAAGAGGAUCGGCAGCGUGCGCCUGCUCAAGGUCCCUCCGGGCCCCGCCCCCCUGUCCCGCCUCAGGCUGGGGGGCGGGGUGGUGGUGCAGACCUCACCCAAUGCGGUGAAGAACACAGAGCCCGCCACCUUCAUCGUCUCUGUGAGCAGCGCUUCUCCGCUCACCCGCUUCACCCUCAGAGCCACAGUGAAGAAGGGUCUGUCCUUCAGCACCGCCAGGCCCCGGAACGCCCACCUGUGGGGCUCCACCCUGGAACCCGGGACCGACGGUCAGCUGGGCACUGUCUCCAUCACCUGUCAGAGGAAGUCCCCCGGCCCGGGGAAAAGCGGCCUCCUGGAGCUACUCCUGCUGGACUUUGUGACAGAGGAGCCCAGUGGCCAAUCAGAAAUGCACGAGGUCACAUGGCAGCUAGAGCUUCCUGGAGGCCAGCGCAGAGGCGAACAGGGCAUCAUGGGAAUCUACACCACGCCUAAGGACUAUGUGGGCCUGGCGCCUCUCAUCGUGGACACGGAGCUUCUGAACACGGCGGUAUUGUCGGGGAAGAGAGUGAGCAUGGCGGUAAGGACCGUCGCCGUGGCAGUGGACGGGUCGGUCACAGAUGUCUCGAACUUCACCCAGUGCAGGUCCACCGAUGAGGACGUACUGAAGGUGUCGGAGAGGUGCGACUACGUGUUCGUGAACGGGAAGGAGACGCGGGGGAGGGUGAGGGUGGCGGUGAACUUCACCUACGGCCCCCUGAGCUCCCAGCUGGAGAUGAGCGUGUGGGCGCCCCGCCUCCCGCUGCAGAUCGAGGUGUCCGACCCCGAGCUCAGCCAGAUCAAGGGCUGGAGGGUGCCCGUGCCGGCCGGCAAGAGGUCCAGCAGGGAGAGCGAGGAAGAGGAGGACGAGAAGAAGGGUCGGGGCUGCAUGCUGCAGUUCCAGCACGCCCUGCUGAAGGUGUUCACGCCCUUCCUGGCAGAGCAGCCGAACACGCGCCUGCCCCCCGCCCGCUUCCUGGGCGCAGACUGGCGGGUGGACGUCACCAGGCUGGUGCGCUACUCGCUGAAGGUGGAGAACCCUCGUGUGGCGAGGGUCCAGGGGGGCAGGGUGCUGCUGGGAAGGGCGGUGGGAGUCACCUCCGUCAAGGUGCUGUCUCCUCUCUCAGACGCGGUUCUGGGUGAAAGGACGGUGAAGGUUCUGGAUGACAGGGUGUCCAUCACAGAGCUUGGGGUGCAGCUGGUCUCCAGCCUCUCCCUCUCUCUGCAGCUCAGCCCUGGGAGCAACAGGGCCAUCGUCGCCACGGCGACCACACAGGAGCUGCUGCACAACCCCAAGCAGGAGGCAGUUGUCGGCUGUUGGGUCAGGUUCAGCGACGGCUCCCUGGCCCCCCUGGACGUGUACGACCCCAGCAGCUACGCACUCACGGUCAGGUCCCUGGACGAGGGCGUGGCGUCGGUGCGGGGCUCCCCAGCCAUGGUGGUGGCGGAGGGCGAGGGCCAGGGGCCGCUGCUGAGGGUGGAGCUGGGAAUCGGCGGAGCGUGUCAGAAGUCCAAGCGGAAGAGCUCACUGGCAACGGCGCGGGGGAGCCUGCGGGUGGCGUUCCGGCCGAGUGGCCUGUACAACGGCAGGGAGGAGGAGGCCGCCGUCGAGCUCAGGACCCCGCCGGCGCUCGCGGGCCGGGGCCGGACGGAGGAGGGCAGGCGCUACGGCACUAGCUCCGUAUCCGAGUCCGUCAGCCUCACGACUCUUUCGCAAGACGACAGCACUGUUAGUACUGGUCUAGGCGGGGUUCGUGCCAGCACCAUCCAAGCCGCUACCGGUGUGGGAGGAGUCGGCAGCAAUAUGGGUGGGGCCAGUAAUUAUGUGGGUGGGGGUAAUCGAACAGAGGGCGGGGCCAUUAGUGUCCUGGGUGGAGUCAGCAGCCCGGUUUAUGACGGAGGCUUGGUGACCGUGGACGACUCUGACGUCCCCUCCCAGGUGGAGGUCCCCAGGCGGACCCCGGCGGCGGAGGUGGAGACCAACAUGGUGCAGGAGGCGUCACGUUUCCCCAGCAACCUGGAGAUCGGCAUGUACGCCCUGCUGGGCGUCCUCUGCCUGGCCAUCCUGGUCUUCCUGCUGAACUGCAUCUCCUACCUGACCGCUCCCCGGCACAAGAAGCCGCCCGCCCACUGCCAGGAGUCCGGGGGCCACCACCGGCACAACUGGGUGUGGCUGGGCACUGAGGCUGACCGGGCCCUGGGGGGCCCCGUGACCCCGCCGCCCCCGGAGAGCCACACCGCCAUCGCCAUCAGCAUCGACGUGCCGUCGACGGGCGUGGGCAUGGUGGCCAUGGGGAGGUCCGCCACCCUGGGGAGGAGGACCAGCGCCCCGCCCUCCUCCGACCCCCCGCUGGGCCGCAGAGGGUCGCUCCAGGCCCGCCCCGCCCGGGCCGACAGCCUCCACUCUCCGACCAGCAAGAGGAAGCGCGUGCAGUUCACCACCUUCUCCUCUCUGGACGGGCCCCACUACUCCACGCUUCCCGGAGACGUUCCCCACUACUCCACGCUUCCCGGGAUGCACUGGGCCGCCAAGGUGCAGGAGUUCACCAGCCAGCAGGGCUCCCUGCAGGAGGCGCUCUACGCCAACCUGUCCUACGAACACAAGCCCAUGCAGUGA